AUGGCGCAAAUUGAAGACGCCGGGCCGGAGCUGAUACAGUCAAUGAAGCCGGAGACACCCGUACACAUGAUGCGGCCGAUGGACUCGCCGGGCCCUCCGACAAUCAAGCCGAUCUGUCGCUGGACGGAGCAGGACGACCUGACUUUGAUCGCCGUGCUCAAGGCUGAACUGCAGAGAAAUCCGACGCCUGCUAAUGGUUUCAGGGGCUCCACUUGGCCCACUGCCGCUCAGGCACUUGCCGGCUCCGAGGUGAAAACGGGCUCGAAAGCUAAAGACCCGACCGGCUGUCGCAGUCGUUACUCUUCACUUAAACGCAGUUACCUUGAGCUCAAGCAUCUUCGUAGUAUGGCCGAAGCCCGAUGGGACGAGCACGUCAAACGGGUCAUCCUCCCGGAAGAGAUAUGGGCGAGCUUCCUGGCCAACUCGAGUGAGAAGGGGAAGAGCCUGUACCGAUGGCGUCAGAAGCGGUUUCCGUUAUACAACCAGGUCAGCGAUCUGAUUGAUGGACAUCUGCCGGUGGCCGACGGACCCAAGCAGGCUGGAGACGCCGAGCACCCCCAGCUCGCCCGACCGAUUCUCUCCGCCCCGCCCUCUGCCAAGCGCCGUCGGAUAACCCACGAGGACAUGUUCCUCAAGCAUCUCAAAGAAAUCGGCGACAAUCUCAAGAGCAGACCCAGUCUAAGGGUUGAGGCUAUCAGGUUGCUCCAGCUCGACGGCCAGCUGUCCGAACCUGAGCUCCUCAAGGCGAUCGAUUACUUGGGUCCACUCGAACAUGCCGAAACUUACAUUGCUCUCGAGCCUCGACUUCGGACCACUUGGAUCAGGACUAAAUUAGGAGAUGUCCGACCCCUCUAG